AUGAACCAUCGAAGCAAGCCAAUUUGGGUCUCAUGCUUUCUGAUCAUAUUCUUUGUCUCGCAUUCAACAUCCUGUGUCACCGCUAAUGAAGUUGAGGAUGAAAGAGAGUUUGACUACUUGAACAACAGCGAGAAGGGGCCAAGACAUUGGGGAGAGAUUAAGAAGGAAUGGGAGGAGUGCAAGAAUGGAACUCUUCAGUCUCCAAUUGAUUUAACAGAUCAGAGAGUGAAAAAGAUUCCUAAAUUAUUACAGAUGAAGAAAUGUUACAAACCUUGCAACGCAACUCUCAAGAACAGAGGACAUGACAUUUCUCUUCAAUGGGAAGAACUGAAAGCCGGAUCGAUCGAGAUCAAUGGGACUAGCUACUUUCUUAAACAAUGCCAUUGGCAUUCGCCUUCUGAGCAUACCAUCAAUGGCAGAAGGUAUGCCUUGGAGAUGCACAUGGUCCACUUAAGCCCAGACCAAAACAUAACUGUGAUUGGACUCCUCUACCAACUUGGUGCUGCUGAUCCUUUCCUCUCCAAGUUAAUCAAGGAUAUAAGGUCACUGAGCGAUGAGAAGCCAGAGAUACCGAUGGGUGUGAUUGAUCCAAGUGACAUCAAGAUGUAUGGGAGCAGGUAUUACAGAUACUUGGGUUCACUCACCACGCCUCCUUGUACCGAAGGAGUCAUUUGGAAUGUUAACACAAAGAUAAGGACUGUCUCAAGAGGCCAAGUGAAAUUACUUAGAGAGGCCGUCCACGAUUAUGCGGAGGAGAAUGCAAGACCAGUGCAAUUACAAAACAGUCGGGACGUCCAUCUCUAUACAGGCCAAAAACCAGUAAGACUAGAGAAUCUCUCGGCUCUCUGGGUCUCUCGACUCUUUUCCAGUAAAUGGAUUGCGUUCAAUCACAUCUUCGAUGAGUACUAUAUCACCGAAGCAGUGCACAGCAUACAUGAACUAGAAUUCUCUAGUCUUCAGUAG